AAGUACUACCAACGCUAGUAUUACAGACUGAACCUCUCAGUCACUCCCUAUGGGUUAUCGGCUUCAUCAUUAUAAUCACAUUCUCCCCAUUUAUUAUCACCCUUUUCCUCGGCUCUUCUCUUUUCGCUUCAAUUUCAGGGUGUGGUGUUGCAGCCAGAGUGGUAAAAAUCAGGCACAAAUGGAGCAAGUAGUUGUUAAUGGUUCAGAGUCACAUUUAGUUGUUGUGGAUAAUCCUAAUUUGUUGCAAAAGAAAAUGUCUGCAAUUCGCCUUGCCGGUCCUGCAAAGCUCCAGGUAAUUGCAGAUUUCGAUGCCACAUUGACAAAAUACUGGAUCGAUGGUUGUCGAGGCCAAAGCAGUCAUAACCUUUUACAGCAGGAGGAUCCUGAGUACAAUGUCAAGAGGCAGAAGUUAUAUGAUUACUAUCAUCCCUUAGAAUUUGAUCCAGCUAUUCCCCUUGAUAAGAAAGCAAAGCUCAUGGUAGAGUGGUGGGAAAAAACACAUGCUCUUCUCAUUGAAGGAGGCCUUACAUACAAUGCAAUUCAAAAUUCAGUGGCUAAAGCCACAAUUGCAUUCCGAGACGGUGUAACUGAGCUUUUUGAACUUUUAGAGGAAAAAGGUGUACCUGUUCUUAUAUUCUCUGCAGGUUUAGCUGACAUAAUAGAGGAGGUGCUGAAGCAGAAAGUUCAUAGAUCUUUCAAGAACGUUAGAAUUGUCUCCAACAAGAUGGUGUUUGACGAAAAUGGUCGCCUACAGUCAUUUAAAGGUAAGACAAUCCAUGUACUCAACAAGAAUGAGCAUGCACUUGACAUGGCCGCACCACUUCACGAUCACUGCGAUGACCUGAAUGGACUGGGCGAUGAGAAAUCUUCAUUAAAGAAGAGAACUAAUGUGCUACUCCUUGGUGACCACAUUGGAGAUUUGGGAAUGUCAGAUGGCUUGGAUUAUGAAACAAGAAUAUCUGUGGGUUUUCUGUACAUAGGUUCCUAAUGGCGGCAACGAGCAAAACGUCCAAACAAUAAGAAAGAGAUAAUGACAGGCAACCGCCUAAAAAGCUUACUGGAAAAGCGACAGGUGCUCCCAACCCACAGAACAAAAGAAAGCGGACUGAGAAAGCAAAGGCACCGCCGACUAGGCAGUGAAUUGAUGAAUCAGAGCAAGAAGAGGAGGAACCAUUAGUGAGGAGGACUGUGAAAAUUGGUACCACAAAAACAUCAGCAAAUCUGCCAAGCAAGGAGAUAAAGUUCAGAGAACCGGUGCCGCACCAGACCAAAUCCACCAAGCAGAUUGAUCCGAAAGAUAAAGGGAAGCAGAAGACUACCUCAGAAUCUCAGUCUGAUUCGGACUAUGAGCUCACAAAUGUCAACAUGAGCGACGAAGAUGAGGGUGAACCAAUUGACCGAGCUGCUUGGGAGAAGAAUUUUGUUAGUGAAAAGGCAUUCCGAGCUUAUGAGAAGCUCUUGGAUUCAAAGAAAUAUAUUCCAGAAAAGCCAAUCAACAUUGGAGCACUGAAGAAAAAUUAUCCAGAUCUUCUGAAAUCAAUUCGAGAGGUGCAAUAAUGGGGACCUAUCUUGAAGGGCCACGACAAGGCCAACCUUACUAUUGUCAGAGAGCUUUACGCCAAUUGGCACCACUUACGGGGCAGCAUUGUGAGAGUACGAGGAAUGGAUAUCAAUGUCUCAGCUAAAGCUCUGAACGGGUUCUUAGGGGUGUCACACACACCAACGGACAAGUAUGACUCUAUAUGCAAACCGCCUGAUUACUAACAUAUUCAGUCCGUCCUAUGCCCUACUAGGAAAGAUGCAAAUUGGAAGCAUGAGAGUGUAGAGUACCAUUCUCUGGCCAAAGAAUUCAUGAGCGCAUUAGCACGUAGUUCUGAAUUUCAUAUGCAACCGCUUGAUGCCGUGUAAACACAAAACUAAUGUCCCUCGAUACCGAGCACUAGUGUUGUAUGCUUUAUUGGAGGGGAUCCCACUCAACUUGGGAGCCAUCAUGCAUGACCAGAUGCAGCGCACCAUGAUGAACUACAAGUGGAGGUUCUUUGCAAAUACUUUAUCGGCUUACUUGACGGAGAUGGGAGUGCUAUGGGACAUGAAGAAUGAUGUUACUCAUGUACUAGAGCCAAACAUGGGGAGGGCCUCUAAGUUCACUAUUCAACAGUUGUUUGAGCAGAUGCGAGCUGAUAUGCAAGAGAACAAGGCUGAGUUGAUCGCGACUCGUACCGAGUUGAGUGCCACUAGAUAUGAGUUGAUUCAGACUCGUGCGGAUCUAGCCGAGUCCAGACUGAGUAGGCUACGAUGACGAGAGAGGUAUCAGUACUCCUCCGUGCUUUGGUCCAACGUACAAAUAUAGAUAUCUCACAGUUUGCACCAUCCGCUGCUGGACCAUCCACGUCUGCUCUUCCUAUAGUCCCGGGGUCUCCGUCCACCAUGCCCACUGAGGCCGCCGUGCCGCAUGCUACAGACUCAGCUCCAUCUGAUGAUGAUAAGACUGUGACCGAGUCCCCUAUUCGUGAGGAUGUUAUUGCUAUGCCAGAGAGGGCCAUGAUAGAUAUCAUGGAUGCUUCUGGUACUCACUUGGUUGUUGCCCAUUGUCUCUGAUGCUCCUUCACAUACCACGGAGGAGCCCUCCACAUCGACUUGAGGGAAAUUCUUCUUACCCUACUCCACUUUAUUUGUGUGCAUUGGGGACAACGCACGGUUUUAAGUGUGGGAUGGGGGUUAUUCAUUUUUUGUGUGGAUGAAUGUACUUAACUAUUACAAUGUUUGUUGCUUUUGAUACUUUUGGGGCUGUAAUAUUCACUGAAUUAACGGCUUGUAAUAAUUAGUAAAUUCGUCUAUAAGUAGUAGCUCUCAGUCUUUUGUUGUUUACAUUUGUAGUAAGUAGCUCUAUUAAAAAAAAUUAAUAAUAAUAUCAAACAAAUAGAGAACUUUUCUCGACGACGGACUACCUGGACAGUUCUCUCGAGGGAUUAAGGUCCUUGGAAAAAGAAAAAAAGAUCUUCAGUUGAUUCUAGGAAGUAGUGUAAGUAUUAGGAAAUUGACAGAAAAAUAAAGAAAAGCAUAAAAAUAUUUUAUUUACUUUGAGUAGUUAGUUUAAAGUUUAAUCUAUUAGGCAAUAAUCCUCCUUGAUUUUUCUUUGGCCAUUGGUUCUUUUUCAAGUAUGAAUUUUUGAACCAGGUAUUAUUUUUUUUAUUUGUAGAGUAGUGUAGGAUAUAAAGACUCAGACUAAAUUCAGCACAUUCAGUGACUUAUUUGAUACCAACAGAGUUAGACCUGAGCAUGUGGAUUAUAACUUUCUCCAUGAGUUUUUGAGAACCACUUUUGCUUUAAAAAGUAGAAUAAUUUUUUUGUGACGCUUAGGCUCAUUUUCUUGACUCCUGUGCUAACUAUUAUGCCUUGUACAUUAAAUUUGUAGCUUAGCUCUGUACUUGCUUUUAUUGAAAGUUGGAAUGUAGCCAUUCUAAUUGAAUCAUAUGCCAUUGUGGUGAGAUUUUUGUAUAGUUCCAUGUAGUACAUUUGUGACAAGAGUGAGUUGCUCUAGUGGUGAGCACCCUCCACUUCCAACCAAGAGGUUGUGAGU